GCUGCAAGCCGGGGGAACUCAGUUCCUGGCACCGCAGAGCUGACAGCGCUGAGUUUCAGGCACGGUCCCAGGCUCUUGUGGUUACCACGGCUGAGAAGGUCUUCACUGCUGCCUUGGUGUGAAAACGCGUCUGCACUUUCCCCAGGAUGGGGUCUCAUCAUGGAGCUUGAAGGAGCUUGCUUCUUAGUGUCGCUGGCAAGCAGCGUGGGCCCCAUUAUUUAUUUAGGAAGGCUUUAUAGGGAGGAGAAUGCUUUUUUGUAAACAUGGACUACCUGGCUUUUGCACUGGGCUUCGGCUUCUUGUUUCGGGUCAUUGAAACAUUGAUCUUUGCCUAUGUUGCUUCGAUAUCGCUGGCUGCCUGCCAAGGCCUCUUCCCUAGGCUGGAGAACGUGGGUGCUUUCAAGGAUGUUUCCAUUGUGCCAGCCCAAGCAGUGUGUGGCCUCCCAGACCCAAGCACGUUUUGUGACAGCUCGGUGGCUGCUGAAAGCAUCCGGUUCUGUGCCCAGCGGCUCUGCGUUCAGGAUUGCCCCUACCGGUCUUCCUCUCCUCGCUAUGCAGACCUUUUCUCUGCGGCACACCGCAGCUGCAUCGCAGUGGACAAGAGUGAUCUGCGUCCUCACUCCCCUAGCAAUUCCACAAGCUUUGUUUUUGGAAAACGUAAGAACUGCUCCCUUUCUCCUCCUUCUCCGAGGCUAGCGGAGGCGUUUACCCUGGCUGUGUGGGUGAAACCUGAGCAAGAAGGUGAAAUGUGUAUCAUAGAAAAGACGGUGGAUGGGCAGACUGUGUUUAAACUUACAAUAUCUGAGAAAGAGACCAUGUUUUAUUAUCGUACAGUAAAUGGUUUGCAGCCUCCAAUAAAAGUAAUGACACUGGGGAGAAUUCUUGUGAAGAAAUGGAUUCAUCUUAGUGUUCAGGUGCAUCGGACAAAAAUCAACUUCUUUAUCAAUGGCGUGGAGGAGGAUAAUGUGGCUUUCGAUACAAGAACUCUAAGUGGAUCCAUUUCAGAUUUGGCUUCCAGUACUAUACAAGUAGGACAGAGUUUAAAUGGUUUAGAGCAGUUUAUUGGAAGAAUGCAAGAUUUUCGAUUAUACCAAGUGGCACUUACAAAUAGAGAGAUUCUGGAAGUUUUCUCGGGAGAUCUGCCCCGACUGCACGUCCAGUCGCACUGUCGGUGCCCCAGCAGUCACCCCCGCGUCCACCCUUGGCUACAGCGGUACUGCAUUCCCAACGGAGCGGAAGCCACAACCAGAAACAGAAUGUUACGACUGGACCCAGACGCCCACCCUCUUUCUUUUAUCAAUGACAACAAUACUGGCACUUCGUGGGUUUCACACGUGUUCACAAACAUUACCCAGCUCGAUGGAGGAGUGACGAUUUCAGUGGAUCUGGAAAACGGACAGUACGAGGUGUUUUAUAUUGUCAUUCAGUUCUCUAGUCCACAACCAACAGCAAUAAAGAUUCAAAGGAAGAAGGAAAGCAGCUUGGAUUGGGAGGACUGGCAAUAUUUUGCUAGAAAUUGUAGCACUUUUGGGAUGGAAAACAAUGGAGAUUUGGAAAAUCCUGAUUCUGUCAACUGUCUUCAGCUUUCUAAGUUUGCUCCAUAUUCCCGUGCUAAUGUCACAUUUAGCAUCCUGAAACCUGAACGAAAAUAUCGUCCUGGAUACAAUGACUUUUAUAAUACACAAUCCCUUCAAGAAUUUAUAAAAGCCACACAAAUAAGGCUUCAUUUCCAUGGGCAGUACCAUACAACUGAUGCGGAUGUCAACGUCAGACACAGAUAUUAUGCAGUGGAUGAAAUCACCGUCGGUGGGAGGUGUCACUGCCAUGGUCACGCCAACAGAUGUGACACAAUGAGCCGGCCGUACAGGUGCCUCUGCUCCCAGGACAGCUUCACUGAGGGACUUCACUGUGAUCGAUGCUUGCCUCUGUACAAUGACAAGCCUUUCCGAGGAGGGGAUCAAGUCCACGCUUUCGCCUGUAAACCCUGUCAGUGCUACGGCCACUCUACGAGUUGCCACUACAACGCCUCGGUGGACCCAUUUCCUCUGGAGCACGGCCGAGGGGGAGGAGGAGUGUGCGACGCCUGCCAGCACAACACUGCAGGAAAGAACUGUGAGCUGUGCAAGGAUUACUUUUUCCGACAAGUUGGUGCAGAUCCCUCAGCCGUGGAUGUUUGCAAACCCUGCGAUUGUGAUGCGGCUGGCACUAGGAACAGGAGCCUCCUCUGUGACCAGAUUGGAGGCCAGUGUAAUUGUAAGAGACGUGUGUCUGGCAGACAGUGCAAUCAGUGCCACGCUGGAUUCUACAGCCUGCAAGAGUUGGAUCCUGAUGGCUGCAGUCCCUGUAACUGCAAUACCUCAGGGACAGUAGAUGGAGAUAUUACCUGUCACCCAAAUUCAGGCCAGUGUAACUGCAAAGCAAACGCUCUUGGGCGUAGAUGUGAUAACUGCAAUUCUGGGUUCAAGUUUCUCAGAAGUUUCAACGAUGACGGGUGCGAGCCCUGCCGGUGUAAUCUCCAUGGCUCUGUGAACAAGAUCUGCAAUCCUGUUUCUGGCCAGUGUGAGUGUAAGAAAGGAGUCAAAGGACUGCGGUGUGACACUUGCAGAGAACACUUCUACGGGCUGGACGCUACCGGCUGCAAGGCCUGCGACUGCGACGCAGCUGGCUCCGUCCCGGGGACCGUCUGCGACGCUGAGACAGGACAGUGCCUCUGCAAGCCCAGCACGGGAGGCAGACAGUGCAGGGAUUGUGUGGAGGGCUACUUCUCCCGAAAGCACAAUGAUUCAUUUCUCUGUCUGCCCUGUAACUGUGAGAAAUCUGGGACAGUAAAUGGCUCUCUGCUGUGUGACAAAGCGACAGGACAGUGUCCUUGCAGAUUAGGGAUAACAGGUCCACUCUGCAACCAGUGUGAGCCUCACAGCUACAAUGUGACCACGGGCAGUUUUCAAGGCUGCGCGAUGUGUGACUGUGACUCCCUGGGGACAUUAUCUGGGACCACGUGCGACCCAACCAGUGGCCAGUGCGUGUGUUUGCCUCACCGCCAAGGAAGAAGGUGUGAUCAGUGUCAGCCAGGCUUUUACAUUGCUCCCGGCAAUGCCACAGGCUGCCUGCAGUGUUUGUGCCACCGAACAGGAGCAGCGGGUCACAUCUGCGAUGGCCGAACCGGACACUGCCUUUGCCAGGAUGCGUCCAUCACUGGGCACCACUGUGACCAAUGCAGUGACCACUACUUUGGGUUUGACCCUCAGACUGGAAGAUGUCAGCCUUGUAAUUGUCAUCUCUCAGGAGCCUUGAAUGAAACCUGUCACUUGGUCACGGGCCAGUGUUUCUGUAAACAAUUUGUCACGGGGACAAAGUGUGAGGCUUGUGUUCCCGGUGCAAGCCACUUGGAUGCCCACAACCCGUGGGGCUGCAGCAAAACUCCAUCCCAGCAACCUCCUCCCAGAGGACAAGUUCAAAGUUCUUCUGCAAUCAGUCUGUCAUGGAGCCCACCUGAUUUCCCAAAUGCCCGCUGGCUUACCUACAGUUUAUUCAGGAAUGACUCUGCAAUAUACGCAUCUGAAGACCAGUACCCAUAUAAUAUCCAGUACUUCUUAGACACUGCCCUGUCACCGUACACGACAUAUUCCUAUCACAUUGAGACCGCCAAUGUGCAUGGCGCAGCCCAGAGUGCAGCUGUCAUUUACAGGACAAAGCCAGGGCUCCCCCGGGGACACCUGAACCUAAGCUACAUUAUUCCUGUCGGCUCUGACUUUGUGACACUUACCUGGAACACACUUUCAAAUCAUUCAGGUCCUAUAGAGAAAUACAUUUUGUCCUGUGUUUCUCUGGACAACCUUACGUCGUGCGUUCCCUAUGAAGGUCGUGAAACCUCAGCCACCAUUUGGGGGUUGAUUCCAUUCACCAAGUACCAGUUUUCCGUACAGGCUUGCACCAGCGGGGGCUGUGUCCAGGGCUCGCCCAUCACACUGACCACAGCCCAGGCCCCGCCAAAGGGGCUGAGUCCACCCAAGGUCCGGAAAGUCAGUUCCACCGAACUUCAUGCAGAAUGGGGUCCACCAGCAGAACCGAAUGGAAUCGUUAUAAAAUAUGAAUUACACAUGAAAAGAUCGGGAUCUACUGAGGAACAUAGAGUGUUUCAGAGCAGUGGCUGGCUCGGCCCUCGGCCUUCUGCAGAACCAGCUGAUGGCAAUGCACAGCGACCUCCUCAGACUGCUGCAACCGUCGCGGGCCUGGAGCCACACACAGAGUACGCAUUUAAGGUCUCAGCUGAGAACAUGGUCGGUAGUGUGUCUUCUGCGUGGAUUUCAGAGAGAACAGGAGAAUCAGCACCUGUUUUCAUGAGGCCCCCUUCAGUCUCUCCGCUGUCCUCACACUCUCUCAAUGUCUCCUGGGAGAAGCCACCAGAAAAUGCUACAAGAGGAAGAGUCCUGGGCUACAACAUCACUCUGGUUUCUGAGCAGUUGCCACAGCAGUCUACCCCGGUGAUGUUGCAACAGCUACUGCACAAGGCCCAGCCUCAGGAGCUGUCUUACAUCGUCAGAGGACUGAAGCCCUACAGGAUCUAUGCGUUCACUGUUUCUCUCUGCAAUUCAAUUGGCUGUGUAACGAGUGCUUCCGGAGCAGGGCAGACUUUAGCAGCAGCACCUGCCCACCUGAGGCCUCCCGUGGUUCAAGGACUCAACAGCACCACAAUCCAUCUGAGGUGGUUUCCACCUAAAGAAAGAAAUGGACCCUCACCUCUGUACCAACUAGAAAGGAGAGAGAUGUCUCUACCAGCUCCCACGGCCGCCAUGAUGAAAGGAAUUCGUUUCACAGGAAAUGGGUAUUAUAAAUUUCCCAGCACCACUCACCCCAUUGGUACUGACUUUACAGGUGUUAAAGCCAGCUUUCGAACCUUGGUGCCGGAAGGUUUGAUCCUCUUUGCAGCAUCUCCUGGCAAUCAGGAGGAGUAUUUCGCACUUUACUUGAAGAAAGGCCGUCCUUAUUUUCUUUUUGAUCCUCAGGGAUCCCCAGUGGAAGUCACCACAACUGAUGAUCACGGGAAGCAAUACAGCGAUGGCCAGUGGCAUGAGGUCGUUGCUGUUAGGCACCAGGCUUCCGGCCAAAUCACUCUGGAUGGGCAGUAUACAGGCUCCUCGGCUGCCCUGAACGGCAGUACCAUCAUCGGAGACAACACAGGACUGUUCGUGGGUGGCUUGCCCCACGGUUACACCGUCCUGAGGAAGGAGGCUGAGAUUAUCCAGAAAGGUUUUGUGGGCUGUCUCAAGGAUGUGCAUUUUAUGAAGAAUUAUAAUCCCUCUGCUCUUUGGGAACCUCUGGACUGGCAGAGCGCUGAAGAGCAAGUCAAUGUGUACAACAGCUGGGAGGGAUGCCCUGCUUCGUUGAAACAGGGAGCCCAGUUUCUAGGAGCAGGGUUCCUGCAGCUUCAGGCAGACGUGUUUUGCGGUGGAAUGGAUUUUGAGAUUUCUCUUAAGUUCAGAACUGACCAAGUAAAUGGAUUGCUUCUUUUCAUUUACAACAAAGAUGGACCUGAUUUUCUUGCUGUAGAGCUGAAGAAUGGAGUCUUGAGCUUCCGGUCAAAUGCCAGCCUUACCUUUACACAAGUGGAUCUAUGGCUGGGUCUGUCCUACUGUGACGGAAAGUGGAACGAAGUCAGUAUUAAAAAGGAAGGACCCCUCCUAGCCGCAGGGGUGAACGCACUGAUGGAGCGCUACUCAGCCUCUGCAGCGCAGCCCCUGGUGGUGAAUUCGCCCGUUUACGUAGGGGGCAUCCCACAGCACCUGCGAGGCACUUUUCGGCACUUGAGUCUGGAACAAGGUUUCGGCGGCUGCAUGAAGGAUGUUGCAUUUGCGCGCGGUGCUGUCGUUAACUUGGCAUCUGUGUCCAGCUUCGCUGUCAGAGUCAAUCUGGAUGGAUGCCUAUCACCUGCCAGCGCUGCUAACUGCAGGGGAAAUGACUCCAUCGUGGUGUUCCGGGGACACGGGCUGAGUGCUCAAGAGAGUGGGCUCCGGCCCUUCACAGAAUACCUGUAUCGAGUGAGAGCCUCACAUGAAGGGGGUGCAGUGUACAGUGACUGGAGCCGGGGUCGUACAACGGCAGCAGCUCCGCCAAGUGUUCCAACUCCCUCCAGAGUCCGCAGCAUCGACGGGUAUAGUGUUGAGGUGACGUGGGUUGAGCCCGUCGGGGUUAGAGGUGUCAUCGAGAAGUACGUGCUGAGAGCCUACAGUGAGGAUGACCCCUCCGUACCCCGAACACCUGCUGCCAUCACUGAGUGUGUGGAUACCAGCACCUUCACAGCCACACUGACAGGCCUGCUACCCUUCAGAAACUACUCGGUAACCCUAACUGCUUGCACUCUGGCUGGCUGUACCGAGAGCUCACAGGCAGUGAGCAUCUCUACUCCACAAGAAGCCCCACAAGAGGUUCAGUCACCAGUAGCCAAGUCCUUCCCCACUUCCUUGUUCCUCUCGUGGAAUCCACCCAAACAGGCAAACGGUGUUAUAACUCAGUACUCCUUAUACAUGGAUGGGAGGCUCAUCUACUCGGGCAGUGGAGAGAACUACACGGUCACAGACUUAGGAGUAUUUACUUCUCACCACUUCCUCGUGAGUGCAUGCACCCCUGUUGGGUGCACAGACAGCUCGCGGGUCACACUGCACACGGCACAGCUGCCCCCGGAGCACGUGGAGUCCCCCACUGUGACAGUUCUGGAUUCUAAAACUGCAUACGUACAGUGGAAACAACCGAGAAAACUCAAUGGGAUUCUGGAACACUAUAUAUUGUAUGUUUCAAAUCACACCCGUGAGUUCCCCGUUUGGACUGUCACCUACAACAGCAGCGAGCUUCCCCAGGCUCAUGUGCUGCAGGACCUUGUCCCUGGUAGUGAAUACCUCAUCAAGUUGGGAGCUUGCACCGGGGGUGGGUGUGCGGAGAGCGAGGCCAGCCUGGCCCUGACUGACGAGGCCAUCCCCGAAGGGGUGGCCGCCCCCGAAGCUCUCUCCUACUCACCGGACUCCGUUAACAUCUCCUGGACUCGGCCUGAGCACCCGAAUGGUGUUAUCACAAGUUAUGGAUUAUAUCUAGAUGGCGUAUUAAUUCACAAUUCCUCGGAGCUCAGCUGCUAUGCCUAUGGGCUUGCUCCUGGGAGCCUGCACUCCUUCAGACUCCAGGCUUGCACGGCCAAAGGCUGUGCUCUAGGCCCCCCGGUGGAAAAUCGAACUCUGGAAACUCCUCCUGAAGGAACAGUAAAUGUGUUUGUCAGAGCAGAGGGGGCCCGGGAAGCCCACGUAAGGUGGGGUGCACCGCUGCACCCCAAUGGAUGCUUAACCUACUCCGUCCUUGUUACUGGGAUUUUCUAUGUAGACCCAGGAAAUAAUUACACCCUUCUGAAUGGCACAAAACUAAUGCACAGCAGUGGAGAAGCCAACCUUUGGGUGCCCAUCGUUGGACUGGUCCCUUUCAGUAACUACACUGUACAAGUGAAUGCGUCCAACAGCCGAGGCAGCUUGGUCAGUGACCCUGUGACCAUUGCAAUGCCUCCUGGGGCUCCAGAUGGUGUGCUGCCUCCCAGGCUUUCAUCUGCCACCCCGACCAGUCUUCAGGUUGUCUGGUCUACACCAGCUCGGAACAACGCUCCCGGCUCUCCCAGAUACCAGCUCCAGAUGAGGCCGGCCCACUCCACCCUCAGCUUUCGAGAAUUGUUUUCCAGCCCUUCUGCAUCAUUGCUCCACGAAGUGAGCGACCUCCAACCGUACACAGAGUAUGAGUUCCGGUUGGUUGCCUCCAAUGCAUUUGGCAGUGCGCACAGUUCUUGGAUUCCACUCCUGACUGCAGAGGACAAACCUGGACCCAUAGAGCCUCCAGUUCUCCUGGACGUGAAGUCAAGAACGAUGUCAGUCACCUGGCACCAUCCUUUAGAGCCCAACGGGGUCAUCACCCAUUAUAACAUUUACCAACACGGCAACCUGUACUCGAGGACUUCUGGAAAUGUCACUAAUUGUACAGCAACGCAUUUGCAGCCAUAUACUGCCUACCAGUUUCAGGUAGAAGCCUGUACCUCCCAAGGAUGCUCCCUCUCCCCAGAGUCCCAGCCUGUGUGGACACUCCCAGGGCCACCGGGAGGUAUCCUGAGUCCAGAGCUGUUCUCUGAUACUCCAACGUCGGUCCUUAUAUCUUGGCAACCUCCCACACACCCCAAUGGCUUGGUGGAGAACUUCACAAUUGAGAGAAGGGAAAAAGGGAAGGAAGAAGCCAGUACCCUGGUGACCCUCCCGGGAAGCCACUCCAGGAGGUUUAUUGACAAGACUCCUGCUCUUAGCCCAUGGACAAAAUAUGAAUACCGGGUCCUGAUGAGCACACGCAACGGAGGCACAAACAGCAGCGCUUGGGGAGAAGUCACCACGAGGCCCUCGCGGCCCUUUGGGGUGCAGCCACCAGAGGUGCAUGUGCUGGGACCUGGUGCAGCCAAGGUCACUUGGAAACCCCCGCUAGUGCAGAACGGUGACAUUCUGAGCUAUGAGAUCCGCAUGCCUACCCCCCACGUCGUAAUAACCAACGUGAGCCUGUCAGUGUUGAGUCAAAUCAUCACUCACCUGGUUCCUUUCACCAACUAUUCUGUCACCAUCGUUGCCUGCUCAGGGGGGAAUGGGUACCUAGGUGGCUGCACAGAGAGUUUGCCUACCUUGGUGACCACCCACCCUGCUGAACCUCAGGGCAUCAGUCCCUUGUCAGUGAUUCCACUAACUGAGUCCUACGUGGGAGUUUCGUGGCAGCCACCGUCCAAACCUAACGGACCUAAUUUGAGAUAUGAGCUUGUGAGACGCAAAAUCCAGCAACCACUUGCAUCAAAUCCCCCAGAAGAUUUAAAUCUGUGGCACAAUAUUUAUUCAGGAACUCAGUGGUUUUAUGAAGAUAAGGGUCUUAGCAGGUUUACAACCUACAAGUAUAAGCUCUUUGUACACAACAGUGUGGGUUUCGCGCCAAGCCAAGAAGCAACAGUGACGACAUUAGCUGGUUUUCCAGAGAGAGGUGCCAACAUCACUGCAACUGUCCUCAGCCACACAGCCAUCGACGUGAGAUGGGCUAAGCCAACUUUUCAAGACCUGCAGGGAGAUGUUGAAUAUUACACACUUUUUUGGAGUUCUGCUACCUCAAACGAAUCUCUGAGAAUCCUCCCAGGUGUAAACUCUUACAUCAUCGGCCACUUGAAUCCAAACACAGAGUACUGGAUUUUUAUCUCUGUCUUCAAUGGAGUCCACAGUAUCAACAGCACGGUCUUGCGAGCAACCACUUGGGAUGGGGAGCCUCAGGGCAUGCUGCCGCCAGAGGUUGUCAUCAUCAACCGCACAGCUGCCCGUGUCAUCUGGUCAUCUCCUUCAAACCCAAAUGGUGCUGUCACCGAGUACUCUGUCUAUGUAAACAACAAGCUCUACAAGGCUGGAAUGGAUGUGCCUGGGUCGCUUAUUCUGAGAGACCUGUCUCCUUUUACUGUCUAUGAUGUUCAGGUUGAAGUCUGCACAAAACAUGCAUGUGCAAAAAGCAACGGAACCCAGAUCACCACUGUGGAAGACACCCCCACUGACAUAGCGACACCCUUAAUUCGUGACAUCACGUCAAGAUCCUUUCGCAUUGAUUGGGUGUCUCCAGGGAAGCCAAGAGGCAUCAUUCUUGGAUAUGAUCUUUUACGUAAAACAUGGCGUCCAUGCUCUAAAACCCGGAAGUUAGUGGAGGGCCGCAGUGAUGAGCUGUGCAAGGUGGUGAAGUGCCCAAAGCCCAGAAAGAUCUGUGGACACAUUUGUUUUUCUCCCAAGGAUAAGGUUUGUUGUAGUGGAGCUCUCUAUGACCCUCAGCCUGGAUACCACUGUUGUGACGAAAAGUAUAUCCCAUUCCUUCCGAAUUCAACGGGCGUUUGUUGUGGUGGCAGAAUACAAGAGGCACGGCCCAAUCACGAGUGCUGCUAUGGGUAUUAUGCUAAAAUACGACCAGGUGAAGUCUGCUGUCCCGAUGAGCCGCACAACCGGGUUUCUGUGGGGCUCGGCGACGCGUGCUGUGGCAGGAUGCCCUAUUCCUCGGCGGGACCCCAGAUCUGCUGCGCGGGGACCCUGCACGACGGCCACGGGCGGCAGUGCUGCGGCGGGCGGGUGGUGAGCGCCGACGCCCAGUGCUGCGGAGGACAGGAGCGGGGCGUGGCGUACGGGCCCCUGCCAGGGAUGUUCUGUUGUGGGCAGGAUUAUGUGAAUAUGUCAGAUACCAUAUGCUGCUCAGCCUCCAGUGGAGAGUCUAAAGCACACGUUAAAAAGAAUGUCCCAGAGCCAGGAAAAUGCUGUGAGACUGAACUUAUCCCAAAGAGCCAGGAAUGCUGUAAUGGAGUUGGAUAUAAUCCUUUGAAAUAUGUUUGCUCUGACAAGAUUUCAACUGGAACGAUGAUGAAGGAAACCAAAGUGUGUGGCACUCUCUGCCCGGCAUCUAUGGAAACCACAGCUCACUGUGGCCACUGUGACUUCAACUUCACCAGCCACGUUUGUGUCGUGACAAGUGGGUCCCCCAAUUCCACAGGCAAGGCGUCGAUUGAAGAAAUAUGUCCAUUUCCCGAAGAGACUGUUCAUACGGGAAGUGCAAACAUGUUCUCCUUCACAGAUGUGAACCUCAACCCCUACACAAUGUAUGAAUAUAGGAUUUCUGCAUGGAACAGCUACGGGAGAGGCUUCAGCCAAGCCGUUAGAGCCAGCACAAAAGAAGACGUGCCUGAGGGUGUGACUCCUCCUCGGUGGACCAAAGUGGGCAGUCUUGAAGAUACAAUUGUCUUACACUGGAAGAAACCUAUACAAUCAAAUGGUCCUAUCAUUUACUAUAUUCUUCUCCGAAAUGGAAUUGAACGUUUUCGGGGAACUUCCUUGAGCUUCUCUGACACAGAGGGAAUCCACCCAUUCCAGGAGUAUUCCUACCAGCUGGAAGCUUGCACCAUAGCAGGCUGUGCUGCCAGCCACAAGGUAGUUGUAGCUAUGACCCAAGGAGUUCCAGAAAACAUCAUGCCACCCAUCGUCACGGCCCUAACUGCGGAGUCUCUGCAUCUAAGCUGGAGUGUCCCGGGGAAACCGAAUGGUGUCAUUAAAGCGUACCAGCUCUGGCAGGGCGGCAGAGGUCUCAUCUACACUGACAUCAGUCACAGGAGACAGCAUACGGUUACAGGUCUGCAGCCGUACACCAACUACAGUUUCACACUCACGGCUUGUACAUCUGCUGGUUGCGCCUCCAGUGAGCCUGUUCUAGGUCAGACACCACAGGCAGCCCCACAAGGAGUUUGGGUGACAUCUCGACAUACUAUUGUCAAUUCUACAACAGUGGAAUUGUACUGGAGUCCGCCAGAGAAACCCAAUGGUCGUAUUUCUCAGUAUGAGUUGAGUCGGAAUGGAACUGUACUCUUUCUGGGUGGCAGUGAGGAGCAGAAUUUCACCGAUAAACACCUGGAGCCCAAUAGCAGAUACAUUUAUAAGUUAGAAGCCAGAACUGGAGGCGGCAGCAAUACUAGUGAUGGUUACAUGAUCCAAACUCCUCCGUGGACACCAGAAGAAAUCCAUCCUCCAUAUAAUAUCACAGUAGUUGGGCCUUAUUCCAUAUUUGUAGCCUGGAAACCACCAGGGAUCCUCAUCCCCCAAAUUCCUGUGGAGUACAACGUCCUACUCAAUGAUGGGAGUGUCACACCUCUGACCUUCUCUGUCGGUCACCAACAAUCCACCCUUCUAGAAAAUCUGGCUCCUUUCACCGAGUAUGAGAUAAGGAUACAAGCAUGUCAAAAUGGAGCGUGUGGAGUUAGCAGUACGGUGCCUGUCAAGACACUUGAGGCAGUCCCCGAGGAUCUUAGUGCCCCUCUUCUCAAGGCACUGGGGCCAUCUUGCACCAAGGUCCAAUGGAUGGCACCGAAAAAUCCAAAUGGAAUCAUCACCAGCUACUUCAUUCACAGACGUCCUGCUGGCACGGAAAAUGUGUCUCUUGCGUUUGUCUGGUUGGAAGGGGCCCUCGAAUUCUCAGAUGAUGCAGGGACCCUGAGGCCUUUCACACGCUAUGAGUAUCGGGCUCGAGCCCAGAACUCCAGAGGCUUCGUGGACAGUGCCUGGUCCUCCACACAGACCCUGGAAGCCCCUCCACAGGCCCUGCCGGCUCCCCGGGUUCAAGCCACUGGUGCCCAUUCCGUUCUGCUGAACUGGACAGAGCCAGAGUCACCCAACGGCCUCAUCUCCCAGUACCACGUGGUCUACCGAGAGAGACCUGAGGACCCAGACCGGGGCAGCACCCCUGUGCCCGCGUUCACAGUGACGGGAACAAGCCGUCAAGCCCACCUGUUCGGGUUGGAGCCAUUCACAACAUACCACGUGGGUGUGGUGGCUGCCAACAGCGCAGGAGAAGUUUCAAGUCCUUGGACUCUGGUUCAGACCUUAGAAUCUUCCCCGAGUGGGCUGAGCAACUUCACCGUGGACCAGCAGGAGAACGGCAGGGCGUUGCUACUCCAGUGGGAAGAGCCUGUGAGGACCAACGGAGUGAUUGAGAGGCCUGCAGCCCGUGGAGCGCGGUGAGCACGCCGCAGGCGCCGCCCGAGGGCCUCCUUCCGCCGGAGCUGGCCUGGGUGGCCCGGGACCCCCCCGCCCUGCGCAUUUCCUGGGCGCCCCCGGAGCAGCCCCACGGCGUGGUCCAGUCCUACGGCCUGCAGAGGAACGGGGUGCGCUAUCCCUUCAGCUUCGACGCUGGGACCUUCGACUACACCGACGACGACCUGCUCCCCUUUGCCACCUACAGCUACGCCGUCCUGGCCUGCACGCUGGGGGGCUGCACCCUCAGCGGGGCGGCCCGGGUCACCACUCCUGAGGCGGCUCCGUCGGGGCUCAGCCCCCCUACGCUCUGGGCCGUCAGCGCCAGCCAGAUCAAUGCGUCUUGGUCCCCGCCGUCCUCUCCAAAUGGGGAGAUCACUCAGUAUCUGCUGAGAUACGACGGCAAGGAGCAGCGUGCUGCGCAGGGCCUGGCCCUCCUGGUUUCCCACCUGCAGCCCUACACUCAGUACAACGUCUCCCUGGUCGCCUGCACCAGAGCGGGGUGCACAGCCAGUGGGCCCACUUCUGCCCGGACGAUGGAGGCCCCACCAGAGAAUAUGGGGCCCCCCGUGUUGCAAGUGACAGGCUCGGAGUCCAUAGAGGUCACCUGGGAGCCCCCGAGAAACCCAAACGGCCGGAUCCGAAGCUAUGAACUUAGAAGGGACGGAGCCAUGGUGUACUCUGGCCUGGGAACGCGCUAUCACGAUUGCACUCUCACCCCGGGUGUGGAGUACGGCUACACCGUGACUGCCACCAACAGCCAAGGGGACGCUUUGAGUCCCCUUGUCAAAGACCGAACCAGCCCCUCGGCACCCUCGGGGAUGCAGCCUGCGAAACUGCACGCCAAGGGCCCUCAGGAGAUCGUAGUGAGCUGGGACCCUCCCAUGAGGACCAAUGGCGACAUCGUCAACUAUACCCUCGUCAUCCGAGAGCUGUUCCGAGGAGAAACGAAAACCAUGCACGUAAACACGACCCACAGUUCUUUUGAUGCGCGGUUUCUUGUGGUGGAGCAGCUGAAGCCAUUUCACAGGUAUGAAGUCCGAACUCAAGCCUGCACCGCCCUGGGGUGCACGUCGAGCGACUGGACCUCCAUCCAGACCCCAGAGAUUGCUCCUCUGGUGCAGCCUCCUCCUCAUCUGGAGGUGGGGACGGCUCCAGGGGGGUUCCUGCCCACUGUUUCCCUUCUGUGGACAGGGCCACUCCAGCCAAAUGGGAACAUUUUAUACUAUGAAUUGUACAGAAGACUGACAGCAGCUCAGUCUGGAAAAUCCAGCCCAGUGCUAACCUACAACGGGAGCUCGAACUCCUUCACAGAUUCUGAACUGCUGCCUUUCACGGAGUACGAGUACCAGGUCUGGGCGGUGAACUCAGCAGGAAAAGCCGCUAGCAGCUGGGCAUGGUGUAGAACCUGGCCUGCACCCCCAGAAGGCCUCAGCGCCCCCACUGUCCACACUGUGUCCUCCACUCAAGCAGUGCUCAACAUCAGUGUCCCCGCGAAGCCCAACGGGAACAUCAGCCUCUACCGGCUGUUCUCCAAUACCAGCGGCACCCUGGUCGUGCUGUCGGAAGGCACGGCGGCCCAGCAGACUCUUCACGACCUGCGUCCCUUCACCACGUACUCGGUCGGAGUGGAGGCCUGCACCUGCUUCAACUGCUGCAGCCGCGGGCCCACGGCCGAGCUGAGGACGCGUCCUGCUCCACCCUCCAGCCCGGCCUCUCCCCGCGUCCAGCAGCUGGGCUCCAGGACAGCCUCCUUCCAGUGGGGGCCCCCCUUGUUUCCCAAUGGUGUCCUUCAAAGCUUCGAGCUCCAGCUCUCCGUGGCUUGUCCUCCAGACGCAGCCCCGGCCUGUGCGCCCAGCCAAGCAGAGACCAAGUACCGUGGACCUGGGCUCAGAGCCAGCCUCGCGGGCCUCCAGCCUUUCACCGCCUACCGGCUGAGGGUGGUGGCGCACAACGAGGCAGGCCGCGGGGCUUCCGAGUGGGUCCGCUUCACCACUCGCAAGGAACUGCCUCAGUACCAGGUGCCAUUUUCUGUGGAUAGCAACGUGUCUAUGGUGUGCCUGGACUGGAGCAGUACCUUCCGCCUGAAUGGCCGGCUCAAGGAGUACGUGGUGACCGACGGGGGACAGCGUGUGUACAGCGGUCUCGACACCACCCUCCAUAUACCAAGGACAGCACACAAAACCUUCUUUUUCCAGGUAACCUGCACCACAGAUGUAGGAAGUGUUAAGACACCACUGAUCCAAUAUGACACCUCUACUGGAUUUGGUCUGGUGCUAACGACUCCUGGCGGAAAGAGGGGCUCGGGGGGUAAAAGCCGAGAGUUCUACAGUGAGCUGUGGUUCAUCGUGUUAAUGGCAAUGCUGGGCUUGAUCUUAUUGGCCAUUUUUCUGUCCCUGAUACUACAAAGAAAAAUCCACAAGGAGCCAUAUAUCCGGGAGAGACCCCCCCUGGUACCCCUUCAGAAGAGGAUGUCGCCUUUGAAUGUCUACCCUUCGGGGGAAACCCCAGUGGGAUUAGCCGAUACCAAAAUCCCUCGGUCAGGGACACCCAUGAGUAUGCGGAGCAACCGGAGUGUGUCUGUCCUGAGGAUCCCCAGUCAAAGCCAGAUCAGCCGGACCUAUUCCCAGGGCUCCCUGCACCGCAGCGUCAGCCAGCUCAUGGAUGUUCAAGACAAGAAAGUCUUGCUCGACGACUCGCUGUGGGAAACCAUCGUGGGCCACAGCAGUGGACUGUAUGUGGAUGAAGAGGACCUGAUGAACGUGAUCAAGGGCUUCAGCUCAGUGACCAAAGAACACACGACAUUCACCGACACCCACCUGUAACAAUGCCCGCUGCAAGCCCGAGGCACGGCCCUGCACCGCAGGGUUACCAUCACUGAUACAUCACUAAUGCUGAAAGGCCAAUGUUUGAUAGUCCGUAACACUUCAGAGAUGAGUGUGGUUUUUAAAACUGUUCCUCUCUAGAAGAGAUCUAGCAAGUGUUAUGUUUCUGGCUGUCUUAAAGGAGGGAUGAUAUUCAUAUGCAAACACUGGCUUUGCUUUUAUUUUGUGGAAGAUGAAGCGUGUAAUUCUCACUUGUCUCUGGCAGUGAGGCAUCGGUUAAUGAAUAAUCAGUGGUGAUUUCAAGAUGGCCCACAGUUGUUACAAUGAGAAGUUACCACUUUCAAAAUCAAGUGAAUCUACCGAGAGAGGACGCUGCUGAACCUUUCCAACUGCUGAUGUAACCCUGUAAGGAACAGCGGCUGUCAUGGUCACAGCUGCGAGAUGGAAGUCCCAACUCCAGGCCAGGGUGAAGCGGAGAAAAACAAACACCGCCCCGCGGAUAUGCACUCAGCUGAAGUUCCACUUUAAUGACAUUAUUAGAGAUAAAUACCCAGCCUUCUGACACAGCACCACGUAACUUCUCCAUAAAUGUUUCAGUUCUUGCAAUUAUGGAUUGCUGAGAAAUCUCAGGAGUAAACCACUAAUUUAUACAUUUUAAAGAGAAAACCUGAACCAGUGGUUUUCACACAUUUUACAAUUUUGAAACUCCAAUGAGCAUUUUCAUAAAAGCCUGUCAGUUCACUAAAUAGCAGAAAACAUGACACCCUCAACUUAGCACAUUUCAAACAGAAACUACUGUGCUACUUGCUGUACUUAAUUAGCCUUCAUGGAAUUUAAAAAGAGAAAAGAAAAUUACUGAUGCGCCUUCCAGUUUUGAAACUGUGCUGACACAUUUACAUGUAAGUGCAAAACUAUUAGUAUGUCCGAGCACAUCACAUAUACAUAUACACACCUAUUACUUGGACCUUAUCUUCGUUUCAGAGAAGUUAUCACUUUAGUCCUCGAAUUGGUGGGAAUGGACGAUAAGCCACCUAUUUUAUGGUUUAGAAAUUUCUACUAUCUGAUCUGUUUGGAUUAGUCAUUGGUGAAAGUCCCACAGCAAGGGGAAAAAAUGUUGCCAUCAACAUAAAAUUAAACGUAUUUAUUCUUCCUGAAAACUAUAUAAGAGAACUACACCUUUUGUUCAUUCUUAAAGGUUUUAACGACCACAGGAAAUUCAUUGCAAUACUUACGACUCUCACACUGUUGUCUGACAAGACUGUGAAUGUAUCUCCAGAGGCAGGUGGAUUUUUGCAAAGCUGAGCUAGCAAAAGGUUAUAAAAUAAGGGAUAACUGCAUUACUUAUCCUGCCUGAAAACCACAAAUUAUCCCCAAGGGUCUGACAGUCAAAGCCUGUGGACUCCAGGGGUACCGAGAGAUGUCAUCCAAAUCUGUGGGAGAGCAGCUCCUCCGCCUGGCCAUCCCCAAAGCCUGCCAACCUCGUGUCAAAAGCACACCAGCCCUGGAUAGACAACUGCUAGAAACAAAGAGAUCGGAAGAAACUGCCCCAUUUGGCAGUGGCUGUGCAAGUUAGAUUUUGUUUUCUCGCCAAGUUUUCUUUUAUUCUGACAUAGAAACAGGAUGGGCUGGUUUACUGGUUUUUACUUCCUUUUGUCAGUGGGCUCGCCGGCGGGCUGUUUAAGUGAGCCCUAACCCGGGCUGAAUGGCCGCCCGUGAGCUGUCGGGGGCUUGUCAGGGGAGGUGACCCUCUCCCGCCCCAACCUGCUUCCUCACCUGGGGGUUCUGCUCUUCUACCAAUAUGAUCUGCUCACACACUACUGGGAGGAAGCAGAAGGUAGAGCCCACCAUCGUUUCUGAGAAAUCACACACCUUUAUCACGGUGUAGCUUCAAAAGCAUAGUUAUAAAACUUUAAAAGCACGCAGAGGCUAGAGAACUGCAGGGGAUUUCACCGGAAGUCGUUCUCCACUUACUGAUCUUACUUGACCUUGCUAUAAAUUCAGGUAACUGAAUCACAGUUGGACCCCACAACUCAGGGCAGAGAGGCCAUGUGUCCUCUGCCCAGGACACUGCUCAUCUAAACACACGUACCCUCACUUGAAUUUAUUCUGGGGGAGAAUCCUACGACCUUGUCUUACUACUCUUAACUGGUGCAGUGCACCAAGCCUCUAUUACACAAAACAUGGAGAACCAUCCCCCAGAGAUUCUGAUCCAAUCGGUCUGGGAUGGGGCAAGGCCUCCGUAGCUUUCAAAUUUCUAUGCAUUCUUACUGUUUAACACUGUGCUCUAAAGCACAUGCCCAGCACUUGUUCCUUACACAGCAAUGGUAAGUUCUCCAGGGACUCUGAAACCCACUCUAAAUCUCCCGACUGGUCGUGACAUCUGUAGAGACCACCAUCUCUGCUUAAUUUGUGAACCACCGCGCUCUGUGAACUGUUUGCUAACAGGGUGCACGCGCAUAUUUGUAUGAGAGCUUCUAAGAACUGUCUUUGUAGAUGAUCUACUGCAAUUUCCACUAAAUGGAGAACUUCUCCAUGAAUCUGUGAUAGUACUUAUAUCGACAUAAAAAUAAUUAAGCCAGUAAGAGCUUCAUUGUAUCAUGAAUAGCAACUCAUUUCCAAUGAGUGAAUAUUAUGUUAAUCAAUCUAAAGAUGGUUAGAUUAAUAAAUAUUUAAAUGUGAAA